AAAAAACUGGCAUGAAUAAAUCUGAAAAAAUCACCGACAAAUUCUCAUAAAAAUAAAAAAUAAAUAACCGACAAAAUAAAAAAUAAAUAUGGAAUGAAAUCUGAAAACCUAAAUUACAAUUCUCAAAUUUUUACCCUAACCUCACUCUUCCUCCACUCAACCUCAUCAAGUAUCAACGCCUCCUCCAGGCUCCAUCACUGCUGCUAAGUGCUCCUGCUGUUCUUUUCCUCAGAUCAGAUCCGGAUUGUUGGUCUAUUACUGCUGCUGCUCCUCCUUAGAUGCUUGAUCACAGUCACACACGAUCAUGAGUAAGUCCACUACAAUAUUAAAUUUUUUCAAAAGAAAAAAUCUAAAUAAUUCCGAAGUCAUAGCUGAUGAUGCAAGAUUGCCAACCCCUAGCGUUGAAUCCGUUGAUGUCCCAGUUUCUGAAAAUCUCCAAACUGAAGUUCCAAAUGUCACCAUUGACGAAAGUACAGGUUUUGUGCGUGAUCCUGGAAUGCGUAAGCAAAUAUGGGAAUAUGAUGCUAAUGAACGAGAUGAAAUUCGAAGAGCUUACAUUAAUCUUGGUCCAUACCAACCUAAACUAGAAGAGUACAAGAAAACUAAAUUUGGAAGGCAUUCUCGUAAAUUUAAACAUUCAUGGUUUGCAAUUGAGGAAUUUAGUCCAUGGCUUGAAUAUUCACCUAGUAAAGAUGCUGCUUUUUGUCUACCGUGCUUUCUCUUUGACAAGCCAACUGGGAAUUCUGGGAGUCAUGUAUUCACUAAAGAUGGAUUUCGGAAUUGGAAGAAAGUUAAUGAUGGAAAUAAUUGUUCCUUUUUGAAUCAUAUGGGGAAAGAACCUAACUCUUUUCAUAGAGCUUCCGAGCAAGCGAUGACAGAUUUGAUGAACCAGUCUCAACACAUACAAAAGGUACUUGAAAAUUUCAAUUCUGAUCAAAUUGCAAGCAAUCGAUUGCGGUUAAAGGCCUCAAUUGAUGUUGUCAAAGUGCUUGCAUUUCAAGGACUUGCUUUUAGAGGACGAGAUGAAAGUUCUGAUUCAAUUAAUCGUGGGAAUUUUCUUGAAAUAUUGGAUUUGGUGGUAUCAUAUAAUGAAUAUGUUGCAGAAGCGAUAGAGAAAGCUCCCAAAAAUGCCUCUUACAAAUCACCAAAAAUCCAAAAGGAAAUUUUACAUGUAUUUUCAAACAAGGUGAAGAAGGCAAUUCGUGAAGAAAUUGGUGAUGCAAAGUUUUGCCUAAUUGUUGAUGAAGCUCGUGAUGAGUCAAUGAAGGAGCAAAUGGCUAUUGUUAUAAGAUUUGUAGACAAAGAUGGUUUUGUUCGAGAACGUUUUUUUGGGGUGGUUCAUAUCCCCGAUACUACGGCAUUAACCCUAAAAGAUGAAAUAUAUUCUAUCUUGUCACAUCAUAGUCUAGAUAUUCAAGAUAUUCGAGGGCAAGGAUAUGAUGGUGCAAGCAAUAUGCGAGGUGAGUGGAAUGGAUUAAAAGCUUUGGUUUCAAAUGAUUGUCCAUAUGCUUACUACAUUCAUUGUUUUGCACAUCGUUUGCAAUUAGCAUUAGUAGCAGCAUCAAAAGAAGUUAUUCUUGUUCAAAGUUUUUUUAAUAGAUUAUCAUCUAUUGUCAAUGUUGUUGGUGCUUCGUGCAAGCGUACUGAGCAACUAAAAAAAGCUUAUGCUGAUCAAAUUGCAUAUUUUGUUGAAAUUGGUGAGCUUGAAACUGGAAGAGGACUUAAUCAAAUUAGCACAUUACAACGGGCUGGAGAUACUCGUUGGGGUUCUCACUUGAGAUCGAUUUCUAGCUUGGUAAAUAUAUUUAGUCCAACAUGUGAAAUUUUACUUAAGAUCAUCAAGGAAGGAAAUACUACUUCCCAAUGA